UAAGAUAGUGUCAACACAGGGGUGCAAAGCGUGUGUUCAUCAUAGAUUCCUGCCCCCAACAUUCGCUACAACCGUUUAGAAGAAGACGAAACCAGUCUAGCUUGAUUUGCGAAGUUGAUAGCUCAGUCGCUGUAAUCAUCAUUGCUGCUGCUCAUCGUUUGUGUGCUCAUUAAGCGAUUGUUCUCGAACAUUUACGGAAGGAUGACAUCGAAACAAGUGACGGCUCCGACGGUAAAGCUGAAUAAUGGACGCGAAAUGCCGGUUCUCGGACUAGGCACCUGGUUGUCGAAAGAAGGCGAGGGCGUCGAUGCCCUGAAGGCAGCCAUCGAUGCUGGUUACCGGCACAUUGACACCGCUUACUUUUACCAGAAUGAAAAGGAAGUGGGACAGGCUAUACGUGAGAAGAUCGCCGAGGGUGUCAUCCGACGCGAGGACAUAUUCGUUACCACCAAACUGUGGAACACGUACCAUCAUCCCGACCACGUACAGCAGGCAUUCGAGAAGUCGUUGGAAAACCUCGACAUCGAGUACAUCGAUCUAUACUUGAUGCACACGCCGAUGGGCUAUCGGUAUAAGGGUUGGACCCCGGAGGACCUGAUGCCGUACGACUUGGAUGGAAAGCUGGAGUUUUCAGACGUCGACUACGUGGACACCUGGAAGGCGAUGGAGCAGCUUCUCAAAACGGGAAAGGUGAAGAGCCUUGGCGUUUCGAACUUUAACAGUGAACAAAUCACACGCCUUUUGUCGGAGUGUGAGUUCAAACCCGUCACCAACCAGGUGGAGUGCAGUCCCGGAUUAAACCAGCGCCCCCUGACAGCCUUUUGCAAGGAGCACGACAUCACGCUCACUGCCUACAGCCCACUAGGCCGGCCGAACUACUACGAGAAGGAUCCGGAAAAUGUUCCCAAACCUGCCCUCGAUGAUCCACGAGUGGCAGAGAUGGCAAAGAAGUACGGCAAAACACCGGGACAGAUAAUAUUGCGUUACUUGAUCGAGCUCGGUACGAUUCCCAUUCCGAAGUCGUCUAACGUGGAUCGCAUCCGGCAGAAUAUUGAUAUUUUCGAUUUCAAGCUAACGGAGGAGGAAAUCAAAGUUAUGGAUGGUUUCCACACCGGAAAGCGCUCCGUUCCGUUUAGCUUGUGUUUGAAUAAUAAAUACUAUCCGUUUAAUGUUGAAUUCUAGAAAGACGUGAGCACUACCCACCGAUGGUGCAGCAGAGGUAAACGUGCCUUAUCUUUAGAUCAAAUGUAUCGCUCACUGCUUAUGCGUGUACAUAGCAAAUAUGUUGCUAUUUUUGACUCUAUAUAAUAAGCACUCUUUUAUAAACCGACGACAAUCAAACAAUAAAAUCUAAUCUAUCAA